AUGGCGGUUAGGCGAACGGAGGUCAUAGGCGGCCGGAAUCGUCCAAAAUCCGAGGCGUCGGGGUGGGUUUUUGACGAAACGAUUCCAGCGGACGGCGACGGCUAUCCACGAAUUGUUUUGGGUGUUUUGAUCAUGACGGGCCAUCUUAUAAAAAAUCCUAGCACACAAAGGCCAAAAAGUUUGCUUGAUAUACCAAGUGCUCAUUGGAUAAUCAUAAGUGGCACACCAAUUCAGAACAAUCUAAAGGAACUGUGGGCCUUGUUCAACUUCUGUUAUCCUAAGCUACUUGGUGAUAAUAAAUGGUUUAAGGAAAGAUACGAGCAUGCUAUUUUACAUGGAAACGACAAAAAUGCAACUGAGAGAGAAAAGCGUAUUGGCUCAACAGUUGCAAAGGAGCUCAGAGAACGUAUUCAACCUUACUUUUUACGCCGGUUAAAGAAAGAGGUAUUUGGUGAAGAUAAUGACUCAACUGCCAAGCUUUCCAAGAAAAAUGAGAUCAUUGUAUGGUUAAAGUUGACUGGUUGCCAGCGACGACUGUACGAGGCUUUUUUGAAAAGUGAGAUAGUUCUUUCAGCUUUUGAUGGCUCAACUCUAGCUGCAUUGACGAUUCUUAAGAAAAUAUGUGAUCAUCCACUUCUCUUGACAAAGAGAGCUGCUGAGGAUGUACUAGAAGGAAUGGAAUCGAUGCUAAAUCCAAAAGAUGCCAGUGUCGCUGAAAAAUUGGCCAUGCAUGUUGCUGAAACAAAUGGCUUUCAAGAUAACCAUGACAAUCUCUCAUGCAAAAUAUCCUUUAGACUCUCACUUUUGGACACUUUAAUUCCAGAGGGUCAUCAUGUUCUUUUCUCAGACUCGCAAAAUGCUAAAUCUGAUUCAGACCUAGUUAGUAUGAGCAGAUUGGAGUCUCUAGCAUCAAACAACUACAGGUUUUUAUGUAUUGAUGGUACUACAAAAGCAACCGACGGAGUGAAGAUUGUUAAUGAUUUUCAGGAAGGUAUUGGGGAUCCUAUAUCUCUUCUGACAUCCCAAGUUGGUGGUCUAGGCCUUACAAUUACAAAAGCAGAUCGUGUCAUUGUGGUUGAUCCUGCUUGGAACCCAAGUCUUAUGCAAGGUGAGAAACAUGGUGUAGAGGAUUCUAAUGUUUGA